UUCUUCCCCUCGAUAAAUACCUAAACUGAACGAUGAGAUACGAAGAUCUUCUUCCCCUAAUCAUUUCACAGAGGUGAAGAACAAAAAAGAAAAAGGCUUGAAGACCUGAUCCAAUUAACUUGUUAAGGUUGGAGUAGGAGUAAAACAUGAAAGACACAAAAGCGAUUUGCCUAAAGAUGCAUAGAUGCAUGAAGACGAUUCUCCCAUCAGAUCUUACUUUGAAAACAAGUGUGCAAAUGCAAAACGUGUAAGAACCUGCUUUGUCAACCUUCCUUUGCUCAGACACACAUACUACACCAAUUAUCACUGCUGAACGGUAACAAUUACCCAAGUCUUCCUUCGCAUACUGAUUCUAAUAUUCCCGUUGGACUUCUUUUCUGCUUUACAUUUACACUGGAACGCCGCAACCAGCUUUAUUAUGGAGAGUUCAAUAACCAGACUCGUAAUAAACUUAGGAAGAUCAACCAACCUCCCACUGUUGGUAAGUCAGUCAUUGGUACAUGCAACGGACUGAUUUGCUUUUCUGAAAACUAUCGUUUUUAUGUCCUUGAACCUAGCUAUAUCUGUAAUCCUAUCACGGGAGAAUAUGUAAAUAUUCCACGAGUAAUCAAAAGAGACAACGUCGUCGACUACUCUGAGUUUAUAGUAUGUGGUUUUGGUUACCAUCCUUCUACUAACAAGUACAAAAUCGUAAAAAUCCACUAUACCAAAACAACUCAUCUGGGGCGGAUCGAGGUGUACACAGUAGGCAGUGGCAGCGGUUGGAGAGUGACGGGAACAACCACUCACUCAUUGCGACCUCGUAAGGGGUACCCUUAUCGGAGUAUGUCUGAUUAUCGAUCCCCCUUUGAUACGUUGGCAAACGGAGCACUUCACUGGUUUAACAAGGAAUGGAAGAUUGUGUCCUUUGAUUUGGCUAAGGAGAACGUAUACUUGCUCCAACCACCACCUUUUGUCCGUUCAACAAGUUUUUACGGAGACUGUCUUCGACUUCAGGUAUUGGGAGGAUGCUUGUGUUUUGUUCAUGAAAAGAGAGAUGAAUGUUUAGACAUAUGGUUCUUAAGAAAGACAGGGGAAAGCAGUAGUUCUGAUGUGAAUGAGCAGGACAAUUACGACUUAUUGAGCUGGAUUAAGGAGUUCAGCAUACCAAUAGGUGAAAGUGGAGCAGAGCCUUGUGCCCUUACGAAUAGUGGUGAAGUUCUAAUGCGCUACAAGGGUUGCCUCUUCUGUUAUAAUCCACAAACUGCAUCCUUGGAAAAGCUUAUGGAUAACGAGUUCGGUUAUGUAUUUCCACACGUCAACAGCUUUGUUUCGUUGGAAGCUCUUGGAGAAAGGGGGUCUAAAUUCAGAAAAAAGGUAUGAUGUAAAUCCAGCACCGAGGGAAAUCUUUAUUGGAAAACAGCAGAGGAAGGAUGAUAUAGAGACUGAUGCAUAGACCUAUUUCAUUCUGUUACUAAAUUAGUUGCUUGCAUGCUCAGUGAAAUUUUAAUGCUUCGCACUUCAUUUUUUUUGUUGA